GCGGGAAGGGGAGCGGGGCCCGGACACGGCGGGGUUCCUCACUUCGGGGUUCUUCACAUUGCGGGGUUCCUCACACUGCGGGGUCCCGGACACGGCGGGGUCCCGGACACGGCGGGAUCCCUCACAUUGCGGGGUCCCUGGAGGAAGCGCUGAGCCCCCGUUGGAAGCGCUGAGCCCCCGGUCCGAGUGGCCGCGUGUUGUGAGCGCUGUGCUGACCCCGGGACGAGCGGCGCCUCCGAGCCGCCSGUACCCUGCGGCCGCCGGGCGCUGCCGGGAUGGAGCGGACACACCGGCUGGAGCUGUUCCCUGACCGCAGCGUCACGCUGCUCCUCUUCCAGCACGUGAAAAAUGCCGCUGCUCUGCGGAAAAAAGCCAUGGAAGGAUCCAUUGACGGAGCGCUGAUAAACCCUGCGAUGAUUGUAGAUACUUUUCAGAUUCUUGUGGCAGCCAACAAAGCAGUGCAUCUGCAGAAGAUAGGUAAAAUGAAGACCAGAACUCUCUACGCAGAAAUUAUUUUCAGCCUUUCACCAAGCAAUAAUAUUUCAGAUGCAUUUAAAAAGUUUGGCAUUUCAGACAGCGACACAGCAGUACUCAUUGUGCUGGUUGUGGAUGGRGACAAGACUGUAAAUCUGGCAGAUAUAGCAUCUCAGGUGGAAGGCCAGCAGGUUUCUCUAGAUGAACUCCCCCAGCUAACAGACACUGCCAAAGUUAAAAAGAUGUACAAAGUUACUCCACAGGAAGAAAAAAUCGGCACCUUAUUGGAUAGUGUUGUCUGCAGAAUGUCAACAAAAGAUGUUUUAUGAAAAKGUGGAAAUAAAUUUCAGAGGAAGUGAAGUAGUGUUGAGUUGUUUGAUGGCAUCUGAGCUUUAAUCAUGCUUGGACACAAGGGUAAUCUAAGCUGUGUUCUAAGCACAGAGAGCAACUCUGCCAUGCCAUUCAGAAUUUGCCCCUGACAUUUCUUUUUCUUGACAAGGGAAAAUUGCCAGUACUUUAAGCUGAACUUAAACAAAAAGCUUGGAAAUCUGUACUUUUCUCUUUCAUCAAAUGUUUUGGUAGUCCCAGACAGGAUUCAAACAUUGUAAAUCAUUUUUAUAAACCAUCCCCCAAUUUGUUUUGGUUUGGCACACUGAUGGAUGAUAUCCUUUUAACAAUUGUACUGCCAGAAAAGCAUCUUUACAGCCCAAGCAUUGCUGAUGGACUAGAAAUAGGAAAUUUUCCAUAAACAAUCAGCAGGAUCUCCCUGGAGAUGGGCAUCAGAGGUGUGUAGAAAGAAGAAUAAGGUCAGUGUGGAUAAUGCUGUGGUGUUGGCACCUGGCGGUCUGGUGUUAUCCAUUGCUGGCAUCACAGGAUAAUGAAUGGUGCUUUCACUUUGUAACACUGGUUUGUGCAUGGUGAUGCUGAAUUCACAGAGCCCGGUUCCAGGUGCAGAAUUUACAGAAAAAUUUGCACCACAGAUUGUAUCCACUUAAACUGUCAAUAGAGCUUAGAUAGUAUUUGGAAAGGAUCAUAAAACUUGUCUUGGUUUUUUUAAUCAGUGCUAGGAAAGGCCAUCAAAGGGAGCUAAGAGGACUAUUGAGUUCCAGUAGUCACCAGGUUCAACRGCCCUGCAUGUGUAUCAUUUAAUUUCAAGCAGGCACCCUUGUUAAGUGAACUACUGUCCUAAUUAAGUAGAAAUCCAUACUGUUUGUUUUUUUUAUGCUGUAUUGUUUUUCUGGGAUGUGCAUUAAACUGUAUAGCUGUCUGCAUUUUUUUUUUCUGAUGUUCUCUGAGGUUUUAUGAUUUGUGUACUUAAAAGAUUUGAAAGAGUAUGCCUCACAUUCUUACACAUAGUGUUUGGGAAAACAAAAUAUAUUUUGAAGGAGAGGUAAGUAUCAGGUAGAGUUGAAAUGUUGUCCACUAAAAUAAACAGACCGGUGAACUGACAUACCUAGUAUUGUCUGUGUUUCUGUAUGUAAUACAGAAAUGUAGUUUCUGGUUUGCAUUUUGAUUUCAGUUAAGUCUUCCCUCAUUUAAAGCACAGUAGUACAAAUACCAUCAUUUUCUUACCAAUCAGACCAAUGGCAAAUUUAGUUACGAAGUAUUGAAGGAAUUACAGGAUGUAUCAAAGGAUUUGGGUCAAAUGGCUGUGCUGACUUCUUGCUUUAAAAUGGUUUUACAGAAUGCAUCAUCAUCUUUAAUGGGAAAUGUGAGGCAAUAGUUAAAAAAUGGAGCUCGGACGGACUUGAGUCUUUAACAGAAGCCUGUAACAUCGUGUGAGAAUGACCACGGAAAAUGAGAGACUUGUUUUGCUUUUCUGACAGUCUAGUUGGUACAUGGAAUAUAUCAUAAGAUUUACUGGCUGAGCUACAAUGURGUUCUAAAUAACAGCAGACAGGUUUGCCUAAACCACGGCCUUUUUUGAACAUGUGUAAAACAUCUGUCCRGUCUGUUUAACACAGGAGAAAUAGUAAUGAAAUUAUUGCUGCAUAACAGUUUUGACAAACAAGUUCCAAACUUGGGUUCCCAGUUUCUACUUCUUGUCCAUCUAUUUCAUUGGUGUAGAAAUAUAAAAUAGCUUCUUACUAUUGACAUAAACUGUGAAAUUGUGAUUUACUGUGAGACCCAAAUGAGGUGUUUUCAUGGGGAAAUUUACAGGAAUUUAUUUUGGGAGCUGAAGCCUCCAAAGUCUCAUACAGUCAGGCAGAUGAUUUGGUUCUGUUGGCAUUGAARACUAUGUCCCACAAGACCACAGAUUGCCCCUAGAUGUGGUUGCAUUAUCCAAGUUAAAUGAGUUAUUUUCAAAAGCUGGUAAUAAAAAUAGAUUUUGUUCACCCUGCAAAGAUAMACUUGUCU